CAUAAUUGCUCCUUCUGACUCCGCUAUUACUCCCCAUCUAAAUACCCCUCAUCCAACUUUGCUCUCUACAGUAUUCUCCGCAUUCAUCCACCCUCCAAAAGAGACUUCUCAACCUUCACUUAAUCCACGCGAGCUUUGAUUGGUCCCGUCACCAUGCCCAAGCUCUUCGUCACCGGCGCAACCGGCUACAUAGGCGGCGAUGCCCUCUACGCCAUCGCGCACGCGCACCCCGACUACUCUAUCACCGCCCUCGUCCGCAACAGCGAGAAAGGCGCAAAGGUCGCCUCGCAAUACGCGUCCAUCCGGCUCGUCUAUGGAGAUCUCGACAGUACCGACCUGAUCACCGAAGAGGCCUCUAAAGCAGACAUAGUCUGCCACUGGGCCAAUGCCAACCACCGAGCCGCUGCGACCGCGAUAAUCGCUGGUCUAGCGAAGAAGCCAGCGGGCGAGAAAGGAUUCUUCAUCCACACUUCCGGGACUGGGAUUUUGAUGAUUGGGGAUAUCGAGAAGGGAACGUAUGGGAUAAGAAGCGAGAAGGUGUUUGAUGACUGGGAUGGCAUAAAGGAGAUCACCAGCUUCCCGGACGCGGCGCCGCAUAGGAAUGUGGAUAAGAUUGUUCUGGCGGCUGGCGAGCAGCAUCCUGGGAAAGUCUUCACGGCGAUCGUGUGCUCGCCGACGAUAUAUGGGCCUGGUCGCGGCCCGGAUAAUCAGAGGAGCCAUCAGGCGUAUGAGAUGUCACGGGUAACGUUGGAGAGGGGGAAGGGGUUCCAGAUCGAAGGCGGCCAGAACUUGUGGACGCAGGUUCAUGUGCAUGACCUAAGCAAUGCCUUUCUAAGGCUUGUGGAAGAGGCUGUAAAGGGUGGCGGAGCGGCGACCUGGGGAGCCGAGGGGUACUACUUCACCGAAAGCGGGGAUUUCGUCUGGGGAGAUGUGGCGGCGGCGAUUGCGAAGGACGCGUACAAGAAGAAGCUAAUCAAGAGUGAAGAACUUGACAGUAUAUCCCCCAAAGAAGGAGAAUCGUUUUCUCCGCAUGGAUCCGCUAUCUGGGGGCAGAACUCGAGGGGCAGAGCUGUGAGAGCAAGGAAGCUCCUUGGGUGGGAACCGAAGGGGAAGUCUCUGUUUGACUUGAUCCCGUCUAUUGUUGAUGGAGAGGCGCGGAAGUUGGGGCUGACCACUGCCCAUGCUGCACAGGCUACCGGAUAAGCAAUAAUAAGGUGAUUGAAGGUAAUUGUUCUUUCAUCAUGUCAAGCACUUCAAGUCAAUGCGAGGAGGCAAAACAUAUCGAAAAUCAAAAGUUAUUCUCUAGGUUGUGGUACAAGGUCUCCUCGAAUCUAGGAAUCCGUUAUCUAAGAUGCCUAAAAAGCUCAAGAAGCCAG